AGUAUAUCUCUUCUCUGUAUUUCAUAUAUGAAUGCGUAGAGAUAAUUCUAGGUCUGUAAAUCUGAGCAUUCACCACUCGAUACCUUAAACUGCCAGACCAAUUGGUAUGAGCAAGUUGCAAACAAUUAAUGAAUAAUAUACAAGGACUCCAUUAAUUGAAAACUCAUAAUAUAUCUCUUUAUUUACUUCAUAAGUUGAAUCAGUGCCUAGGAGGAAAUCCCAAAGCUUUUUUCUGCACACCAGAUAGCGGAUAAGAAGAGAGAUAAAGCCAUAACAACAGGAUUAUACGAGGAGGAGAAGGUUCUCCCAUGCACGUCCCUGACUUGCUACAACUUAUAACUCUUACAAGAUGCGCAACAUGGCAAGCGGUAGUGGAGCCUCCCAGAAAGGCAUUGCUGCUAUCGUCGGCGUCGGACCCAAACUUGGCCGCUCCAUUGCUCGGAAAUUUUCCCAGGAAGGCUACACCGUUGCCAUCCUUGCCCGAGAUUUAGGGAGAUUAUCUAGAUUCGCGGAGGAGAUAGCUAGAGAAGCAAAGGCUCAAGUUUUCGCCAUUAGAAUCGAUUGCUCAGACUCACAAAGUAUUCGAGAAGCAUUUGAAGGUGUUCUUUCUCUUGGGUUCGUUGAAGUUCUAGUCUAUAACGCAUACCAACAACAACAACCAGUCUCCUUUAUCUCAUCACCAUCACCAUCAUCUUCAUCCUCGUCUUCUUCAGCUACGAAUAGGGUAUCAAACAGUCAACUAUAUCCGACUAGUUUCAUAGAUGUUCGCAUUGAUUCUUUUGAAAAAUCUCUUGCUGUCUCUACAGUUGGUGCUUUCCAUUGUGCUCAGCAGGUGUUGCCUGGGAUGGUAGAGAGAAGGAGAGGGACCAUCCUCUUCACUGGCUGUUCUGCUUCUCUUAAUGGAUUUCCUGGUUUCUCAGAAUUAUGUUGUGGGAAGUUCGCUUUAAGAGCAUUAUCACAGUGCCUGGCUAAAGAGGUUCAACCUCUUGGUGUUCACGUCGCACACGUUAUCAUCGACGGUAUCAUUGGUCCCCCCAGAUCCUCAGCAUCACCUUCGAGAUCAAUGGUUGGGGAGCAGCAAGUAGGAGAAGGAACGAGCUUGUCACUGGACCCUGAUGCAUUGGCUCAGACAUAUUGGUAUUUACAUGUUCAAGACCGGAACGUUUGGACUCACGAGAUAGAUCUUAGAUCCUCAAACUCCAACAGUUUUAACAUGUAGACGUUUAAGUUGGUGUCUGUUAAUUUUCAUUUCCAUUGCAUUUUCAUAAAAAAUUCUCUUUGCGGCUUUAGUAGCCAAAGAAUCUGUUCAACUAUAUUGUGUUUGUUAAUUUCCCUUUUUUCUAGUAAAUAUUUUUUUACAAUAA